AUGGCACCAGUGUUAGACCACGAAGAAGACUAUGUAUCGGAAGAAGACUCUGACUUUGCGCCCGACGACGUGCCCGCUGAUGACGACGUGUUGGACGAAGACGAAGCGGAUGAUGGAGACAAAGGGUCAACCAGGAAGAGGAAACAUGAGGGGGCCGACGACGACCGCCCCGAGGAUGAUGCCGGUUUUGAAAACUCGGGCGAUGAGGCGGUAAUUGAGAAGGCCAAGAAACGGCUCAAAAAGCUAAAGAAAGAUGACGGAGCCGGCGCUGCCGAGGACGAUGGCGGCGAGGGAGGGAUUGUCAAGACGCGGGGGAUGCGUGCCGCCGAAAAAGCCGAAAGACGAGCGGCGGCCGCCAGCGGGCCGGUUACUAUCGAUGUCGAUGCACUAUGGGCGGAGAUGAUCAGUACGCCCGUAGGCCGUCGAAGCCAAGAGGAAUCUGUAUCUGCAAUAGCGCAACCAAACGGAGACGUCACCAAGACAUCCACAAAACCGCAACUGGAUGGGAAGAGCGCCGCCGAAGAACCCGACCUAAUCCGCAUAAAGAGGACCUACAAUUUUGCGGGCAAGAUCCACACCGAAGAAAAGCUCGUCCCGCGCGACUCGGCCGAGGCAAAGCUCUACCUCGCUGAGAACGACCCGAAUUCGAACUCAGCGGACGAUUCUAGCAUGCCGCAAAAACGUAUGCCACGAAAGGCUUUCCGCUCUCGCUUCGAGCCCGUCAGCGCCGACGGGGCGUUGCAGCGCGCUGACCUCAAUCUUGGCAUGUCUGCGAGACUGCAGGCGCGGGAGCAGGCGAAGGAUGCCAAGAAACUGAACACGGUGGAAAAGAGCAGGAUGGACUGGGCCGGGUACGUUGAUCGCGAGGGUAUCAAGGAUGAGCUAGAGCUGGCGGGGAGGUCGAAGCACUCGUAUGCGGCGAGGCAGGAAUUCCUGGCAAGGAGCGAGGCUGUCCGGGAGGAGGAAGCCAGGCGGCUCAGGAUGGCCGCGAGGGCCUGA